CUGGCUCUCCAACUAUUUAAGCAGGAACAUUUUCUGCCCAGCAUCACUCCGCUGUCCAACCUUGGCUACAGAACAGACAAGACUAAGAAACUUUUCGAAGCUCUCAGACUUUUUUGGUGAGGACACGCUGUGCUGUCAACAUGCCAAGAUCUUUUCUUGUGGAUUCCUUGAUUUUAAGGGAGAGCGGCGAGAAGGGGAGCGAGAGCAGCCCUCCGUUAUUCCCGUACGCCGUGCAUCCGUCGCAUCCUCUCCACAGCCUCUCCGCUGGCACCUGCCACUCACGGAAAGCGGGUUUGUUGUGCUUUUGCCCGCUGUGCGUCACCGCGUCUCACCUACACCCGUCUCCUCCGGCUCUCCCACUCCUCAAGGCUUCUUUUCCUGCAUUCGGUUCUCAGUACUGUCACUCCGCGCUAUCCAGACAUCACACCACCUCCAGCGGUAUAAAUCUCAACAGCGCCUCGGGGUUAUACCAAGCCACGUAUCCGGUGCCAGAUCCGCGCCAAUUCCACUGCAUAUCCAUAGAAAACAACAACAGCCAACUUCAGAGCAGCAAGCGCAUGCGCACCGCCUUCACCAGUACGCAACUCCUGGAGUUGGAAAGGGAAUUCACUUCCAACAUGUACCUGUCAAGACUUCGACGCAUCGAGAUCGCAACUUACCUCAACCUGUCCGAGAAGCAAGUCAAGAUCUGGUUCCAGAACCGCCGCGUCAAGCACAAAAAAGAAGGCAAAAGCGGUUCCCACAGGACGGGUUCGCAUAACUGCAAGUGUUCGUCGUCUCUAUCUUCCGUCCGGUGCUCCGAGGAAGAGGAUGACCUGCCCAUGUCACCACCGACAUCGGAGAAAGAGGACGGAGAUCUGUCCGUAAGCCCAUGAACUCUUAUCCACCUCAACAGACUCUGUGCGCCACACACCUGUGGAAUCUUGAAUGCAGCCAAAAAGCGACGGUACCUGCGCGCUGUCAUCUGUAAAUAGCGAGAAAGAAGAAACCUUUAUAUAUGUUCGGGGUCUGCGCAUCCCUUUAAUGUUGUACAUUUGUAUACAUGUUCUAUGUUUGUAUUUUCUCCCGAAAACGAUUUAAAGCCCAGAGUUCAGCAUCCAUAUUCCAACACAAUCCGAAAUGAACAGAGCUUAUUCUUUGGUUUUACUUUGGAUAUUUCAUUUGAGUGCAGGUUAGCUUCAAGCACAUCCUUUGGGACGGAAUAUGGGAUGUAUACGGAACGGCGAAAAUGAAAUAGCGUCACUUUAGUGACAGAAUUUGUUAUUGUACUUUUA